AUGAUGAAGAUAAAAAUGAGUGCGGAUUCGAAAGACAAAGAAAAGAUUUUCCCGUCAUUUACUGAAUUACGAAUUUAUCCAUCGUUUACGGAAAUUCGAGAAAAAUUCAAUGCACCACAAAAUUUUAAAAUGUAUUUUCCUCGUGAAGUUUUCGAUCAAAUUGUCAACGGAAGUCUUUGUGUUGAAGGAAUAUCCGUUCAAAGUCAAAAUAGUGUAACAAAAGCAAAUAAUUUAGAAAAUCAAACUGUUUACCUUCGUCGUCCACGUGAAGAUCCAAUCGAAUGUAUUGUCAUUCGUCCGAAUGAUUUAUUAUUAAAAUGUGUUAAAACUGGAAGAUUUAUUCGAGCAAAUCAAUCCGAAUUAGAAUAUGUGAAUAUUCCUGAAGAAGAAGGACAAGAAGUGACUUUUGCUUUGAAAGAACCUGGUGAAGCGAUACUUUCAUAUCUCAUUCACGGAAUCACUUGGACACCACGUUAUAAUUUAAAAGUUGAUGGUGAUAAUCAUCAAUUUGAUGCGUGGGCGGAUAUGACAAAUAAUACAAAACGAGAUUAUAAAAUCAAACAUACAGAAUUAUUUGGUGGUGAUGUUCAUCUUCAAGAUUCUGCUGGAAUAUCACGUGGUUUUGGUCGUCAAUGUUAUGCUGCAAAAGAAUGUUGUUGUUUUAGUAGUGCACCGGUUGCACCACAAAUUGAAGCUCAAGGCGAAUUAGCUGGAGUUUAUUGGUAUUCGAUUGAUCAACCAUUUGUUCUCAUUCAACAAUCAACAUUUUCACUUCCGUUUGUCAAACCAAAGAUCAAAUUAGAAAAAUAUUCUGGAUUACAAAAUCAUUUUGAAGAACGAACAAAUAAAGGAAAAUUUCAACGAAAAUAUCGUAUCGAAUCCGAUAAAUUCUUACCUAAAGGAACAAUAACUAUUCGAGAAGAAGGACGAGUUGUUGGACAAGCACAUCUGUGUGAUUUAUCAGCAGGUGAAAAACAAGAUUUAGAUUGUGGUGAUGAUCCUGAUGUGAGUUUUAUUCGAGAAGUGAAAGUUCUUUCACAAAAACGCGAAUCAGCUUCAUAUGAAAUUCAUUUAACAAUUAAAAAUUCGAAAUCGAAACCAAUUAAAAUUCAAUACAAAGAAAUCAUUUCUCAAACAAAAUUCACCGUUACACCAAAAGAUGAAAACGAAAAGAAGAUUGAAUUGAUUAACGAAGGUUUACAGAUCAUUGAAGAUAAUUUACAAUCGAAUAAAGAACAAAUUUAUCAAUAUAAUAUUCUCAUCGAAUAUAAAAAUCAACAAGAUCAAUGUCCAACUCAAAAUUAUUCAUAUAAUUAA